GGAGAAUACUGCUCAGCUCGAGCCCUGUGGAGGCCCGAGGUGGAGGAGAGGGGCAGCGGCGACCUCAGGGCAUGCCUGCGGCGCCUUGGGGGCACCGUGGCGGAUAUCAGCGCUGGCCACCACGUGGACGUACCGCGACCUCAGCAGGCAGUCGAAGGAGUGGCUGGGGUGGUUCUCGGACGGCACCCAAUCGGGCGAGCCGGCCGGCUUCUCGAGCGCCGACUGUCUGCUCGGGCGGGAGCUCUCGCUCGACGAGCUGCUAGCGCUGUCGGUCGCCAACCCGGCCAUCGUCCUCGCCGCCGCCGCCAUGGUCUUAGGUUUCAUUUGCAUCGUCCGUCGCUGUCGAGGCGAGGACUCCUGCCUCGCGGAGGAUCUGAAGACGCUGGGGGUGGUCUCGGGGAACCAGUACUUGCCCGGCAUCGCCGCGGCGUGUGCGCUGGCCGUCCCGUGCUUCCACACGCAGACGGGAAAGGUAUCCGGCGAAUCUUGGAUGUCCUACUCCCGGUCCGAGAGCUGCGGCAAGCGCAUGCCGUACGUGGCCGUGCGGGCGCCAGUCCUCGCCCUGGCGUUCGCUGCGGGACCGGGCCUGUGGUUUUGGCUUCUUCGCCGCCGUGCAGGAGAGAGGCGCGAGCAGUUCUUCAAGUUCCUCACCGCCUCCUAUCGUCCAGAGAGCGCAGCGUGGGAGGUCAACCGCCUCGCGAGGAACAUGGCCUUGAAGUGCGUUGUGGCAGUUUCUCCUGUCUCGUAUGCCCCAGGGUUGCAGCUGACUCUCGCCCAAUGCUUGAUGUUUUCUUUCACCGCUUGGCACAUGAGAAGCCUGCCGUACAAGCUUGACCUGCUCAAUUCGGUCGAGGCCGUGUCCCUCUGGGUGUUGAACCUCUGCCUGAUGGCCUCCAGCUUGGCGGUGAGCAACUCGUGGCACCUGACCCCAGAGUUCAGAAUUCAGUUGAUGGUCGGCGUGUACGUGGUGCUGGCGAUCAACGCCUUCGGGCUGGGCUUGCUGUUCGUCUGGUCCAAGUUCCUAGACGACGACCACAGGCUCUUCAAGCAGUGACCCUUUGAGAGCAGCAGGAGGUGAUAAUUUCUAAGGAGCAUACCCGAAGAGGGACCGAAGGUCACCCUCAGAAGCGCAGCAAACACAAAGAUCAACAUGCUUUCGCAUCGUUCGUAGGAGGUGCGCGGCCGGCAUCACAGCGGACAGGUUUCACCCGCCCAUUUGAUGAAUGUGGGCUGGACUACAUUCCUCCAGCCAACGCGCGUGUGCUUUGCAAGCCCUCGCGCGUGAACACUGCUAGCCCACGCGCGUGAACAGCACCCCUGUGUUCCCAUCUCCCGCUCCAGCUUCGACCCUAGCCAGAGCUCAAGCUCGAGCUUUUGGGUCCACCUCUUGUUUUGCGUCCAGCCGUCGGUGGCAGCAGAAGUCCAGAGCUGCUUACAUGCCGACCACGCUCAAUCGAAACGUAUGUGGGCCGUCCGUCUGCUAGGACCUCAAGUCUAGCGGCAUUUCCACAUGCCGUUCGAGCUCGAACCAUCACUGGAACCCCAAGGGGCCGGACGGUCGGCGGUGGCCGAGACCGCCCCAGGGCACGGCGCCGAUGGCGGCGGUGCCAGCCAGUGACGGUGCCUGGUGACCGGCGGCGGCCGACCCCUCGCCGACGGCGACUAUGCCAGACGUUGGCGGCGACGGGGACAGUCGUCGACGGAAAAGGGAAUGCGGUCCAAAAAGCCGCGGCCCCGCCGGGAAGACCGGCGGCCGCUGGAAGCGGCACCGCAGCCCCGGUUGUCCUCGCUUCCGCAGGCGGAGUCAGACAGCACGGUGUGCUUUGAACGGAGCGUCGUCGAUGACGUCGCAGGAUACGGCCCUUGGCAGCAGCCCCCGCGAGACCAGGUCGUAGUCGGGGACGGCGACGGCGACGGAUGAGCAGUCGGCGACAGGCGGCCAGCGGCGGUCGAACCUCCCAGAUCGAAGCCCGUGGCGAC